UUCGUAUUUACUAUUUAGUAAAAUACGACGUAAACAAGGAACAAUCCAAUUAAUAAAUAAAUUUAUGUAUCAUGAAAGUUGGUACUAUGUACCUAAUUUUAAAUUGAACACAAACUAUUUGUAUAAUUGUUAUGUUAUGUAAUCGAUAAUUUAGGAAAUAUCAAAUAAACAUCAGCUCGUGGACGACCAUGGAGGGAGCUGCAGCGUUUCGAUCAUUUACUGUUCACUGAUCAUAAUUAUUAAUUAUUUUACAAGCUUACAACAUAGGUGCAAAUUUGCAUUUUCAAUUUGUGAUGUUAUCCGAUAAGACGGCAGAGAUUUGAUACCGUCGAAAUAAGUACUGACUACUGCAUGAUUGUGAUUUACAUAAUGUUUAGUAAUAUAUAAACUAAGUAAUAUCGCCAGUGUACGGUUAUAGGGUAUGGCGUAAUUUAUUUUUUUUUUCUUUCGUUGAGUAGGUACUCUAUUCAAUUGACUGUUUAAUACUCUUAUAUAUACAUUUGUGCAGGAUGAUUAUCUACAACAAUGGUUGAAGUUGCUGAUGUGUUCAUUAUAUAUCUAAAACUUCGUAUUUCUGGUGUUGGAAACAAAAUAUUUCUCCUGGAUAUUCCUGCGACUUGAACUUUUUGAAAUUUUUGUGUAAAAACUGCAUUUUCCAGCCAUGUUCAAGUAUUCAUACAUCUAUGUUAUUGUAUUCUUGGACCUAAUCAGCAUUAGCCUCAUCAUACCAGUAUGGGGCACUCACUUACGUUCUUUAGGCGCUAGUCACUUUCAUAUAGCCUUACUUGGUUCUACAUAUUCGUUUCUACAAUUCCUAUCUGGCACACCAAUUGGUGCACUCAGUGAUCAUUAUGGUCGAAAGAUUGUACUCGUUGUUACAAUAUGCAUUUGUGCCGUAGCUUAUUUCCUUUUGGGCUGUGUGAAAUCGUUAAUAUUCAUAGUACUAAUUCGUGUACUUCAAGGAUGUUUGAAACACUCACAACUUUUGUGCAAGACAUUAGUUAAUGACCAAGUACCUGCUGACCAACAGACUGCAGUUUAUGGAAGAAUGAAUGGAUUUUCAUCACUCUCAUUUGUUAUUGGACCAAUAAUUGGUGGUCAUCUAAUGGAAAAAAGUGAAGGAUUUUAUAGCCUGGCAUGCUAUACUUCCAUAAUAUUUCUAAUCAACGCUUUAGUCGUUUAUUUUACGGUCCCUAACACAACUGUACCAAAGAAAGAAAGAAAGAGUGCUUCACCAUUUAGUGAUUUGAUGGAAGUUAAUUGGAAGGAAUGUUGGCCUGCUUUUUCGCUGAAAAUGUUAGGAGCUGCAGCGUUGUUUGCAUAUUUUAGUUCAGUUGGUCUUGCAAUGAAUGAAAAGUUCAACUUAUCCCCAUCAGAAGCUGGUUAUACUGGUGCUUUACAAGGACUUACUGGUGGCAUAACUGGGUUUGCAGCUGGCAAAAUAGAAAACCUCAUAUUUCCAUCUAAAAACCCAUUUACCAAAUGUUUUUAUUCCUUCAUAAUGUUGGGUAUAGGAUUUGUUAGUUUAGCCUUAGCACCAAAUUUAAUUAUAUUUAUGGCAGCUAUGAUUCCAAUCAGCGCUUCAAGUACACUCAUAAGAGGAUUUAACAAUGAAAUAUUGUAUGAACAGUCUUCAUCUGACCACAAAGGUCUAGUCGCUGGUGCAGGAGCUAGUUCUGCAGCAAUAGCAAGAUUCCUUGCACCAAUUAUAUGUGGAUUUACAAUGGACAUGUUUGGGAAUAACUCUGGAUUUUUGUUGUCUGCAUUGUUUUCAUUUACUGGAGCAGUGGUGUCAAUAUGUUUAACCAAGAGAUCAAAAGCUCAUAUUGAAUAAGUUAGAAAGUGUGUGACAAACAGCAAUGCUUUCUAACUAUUGCAAAUUAUAAAUAUUUGGUUUGCAUUUGAAAAACAAAAGAAAAAAACAAAGUACUGGUUUUCAAAUUAAAAGA